AGCUAUUGAACACGUGUUUUGCUAGGAUAACAAUAGCCAACGGUAGCGUUUGGGAGGAGGAGUUGUAUCGAAUAGGAAGGAUGAGUUGUGAGUGACGAGUUCACUGCACCUGAAAACGUGGACCCGGAAAACACUGGCCAGUGUGCGUAUACGAGCUGGGAUGUAGACUGACGGCAUUGGUAAAUUAGGAAAGAUGGGCAAGGACACGUCCGUGGGUGGUAGUGGACUGACUCACUGUAAGUUUGUGCUGGUAUUCGCCGUGCUGAUGGACCUGCUUGGCGUUGCAGCCCUGCUGAUCGGUGUCUUUGCGCCCCUGGAGAUCAGAGGCAGAGACUUUGGCGACCUACUGGUGUACUCUGGCGCACUGUUGAUUCUUUUCUCUAUGGGUGGCUGGGUGAUGUGGUACAGCGGAAACAUCGAGGGUCUGGCUUUUGGCAAAGAGCUGACCUACAAACGAAGCGCAGUGGAUCGUAUCGCCCGUUCGCUUAGCCGCCGGAUACGCAGGCCUCACAGGAGCCCUAGCGAACCGUGAGCGGAGGGGUUAUGGACCGUUCCAGACAAACAACCUACUCAUAUCAGCGUGGAAAAUGUGUACUGUGAGGUUAAACAAAGCCUGCAUACGGUGAAGUGGGGGAGAUGGGUAACGGCUAGAGGACGCCACCGACCAGGACCGGGCGACCACAUUGGGGGGUGUUUCAGAUUUAAUCGAAAAAUGUAACUUUGAUUUGAUUGUGCAUUCAGUUAUUGAAGUGCGAUUGCGGAGUUUGAAAUAUUUCUGUUUGGAUAUAUCAGUGCCAUAUUUUUCCUAGUGUAUAAUAUUUCAAACUCUUCAAGCUUGUGUAUAAUUUGUAAAAUAUCUGAUUUUUUCAAUGUAGAAAAACGCAGACUUUA